ACGAAUUUAGCACCAAAAUAUCACGAUAUAUUGAAAACAUUGACUACAAAAAUGGCUUGGAUUAUCCAGAGGCUUGGAUAAGCGAGGCUUGGAUAAGUGAGACUCUACUGUAGAAUCCUACAGUUGGAAGAGACCUCGUGGGCCAUCCAGUCCAACCCCAUUCUGCCAAGAAGCAGGAAAAUCGCAUUCAAAGCACCCCCGACAGAUGGCCAUCCAGCCUCUGCUUAAAGGCCUCCAAAGAAGGAGCCUCCACCACACUCUGCGGCAGAGAGUUCCACUGCUGAACAGCUCUCACAGUGACGAAGUUCUUCCUAAUGUCAGGUGGAAUCUCCCUUCCUGCAGUUUGAAGCCAUUGUUCCGCAUCCUAGUCUGCAGGGCAGCAGAAAACAAGCUUGCUCCCUCCUCCCUAUGACUUCCCUUCACGUAUUUGUACAUGGCUAUCAUGUCUCCUCUCAGCCUGCUCUUCUGCUGGCUAAACAUGCCCAGCUCUUUAAGCCGCUCCUCAUAGGGCUUGUGCUCCAGACCCUUGAUCAUUUUACUCGCCCUCCUCCUGUUGCCACCCAAUGCUUUGAGGCAACAGCGGGAAUCAGGCACCAUUUCAACUGCAAUGACUCAAUGCUGCGGAAUCCUGGGAGUCGUAGUUUCACCAGGGCCCUGCAAAGAGUGAUACUGUCUCGCCAGACUAGUUUCCAGGCGCCCAUUGUAUUGAGCCACGGGAUGGAAAUGGAUGUCAAACAGGAUCCAUUCUGGCCUGUGGAGUCAGCCUCAGUCAGCGGUCGGCUUCCCAAGGGACUUUCCUCCCAGUUUGAAGGCCUUCUUUGCCCCACAAGCGCCAUUUCGUUCUUCUCAGUCUCAGUUUGGGAAGAGAGCUGCCUCCCGACUUCGGCCCCUUUGAGGCCGAUCCUCAAAGAAUCUCAGGCCUGAAGUUUCCGUCAGAAAAUAUCGCAAAGGGAUCGUGUUCACAGCAAUCUGGAAUCUGUUUAUGGUGCAGUGUCAAUACUGUCUUAACUUUAAACUAUUAUUAUUAUUUGAGUCAAGCUCUGAACCUUGCUGCCACAAUCGGAAAUGUUCCCUAUCAUUAUUUCAUUGUUAACAAUGGGAUCUCCUCUCAGGAGUCACACUUUUGCCUGUUUAAACCUCCUUGGGGUGUUUUUUGUUUUGUCUUUUGUGGUCUUUCAGUUCAGUUUUCUCAGAAACUCGGCUCAAAAGCAAGGUUUAAAUCGGCCUUCUUGAACGAGGCCUCCUCCAGAUUUGUGGGACUAUGACUCCCAUCACCCAAGAGGACAUGCUCGGUAAGGACGAUGGGCACUGUAAUCUGACACAUCAGACGUUAUGACACUGUGCAUGGAAUGGAGGUCAGUGUCUAUUGAUGGGAAAACUGAAUGCCUAAUUAGUAUGUGAUGCAUCACGAGGAUAUCAUCAAGACAAACUCCCAGGAUAUGAAUACAGGCAACCUUCAAAGAGUUCUUGGGAUUGUGUUUGUUUCUAUUUUAGGGUGCUUCCAGACAGCACCAAAUAACGGGUUUUACCUCAGGGGCAAAAAACAAAACAAAAAAGGGACCUGAGAAAAGGUCCAUAUACAGUUCAGUUGGUCCCAGGAUUUCUCCUCCAAUGUCCAGACUUGCUGCUUUGUCCUGGGUUUUUGAAGCCCAAAAAUUGGCCGCCAAGGGAUGUCCGCUGGAAAUUUAGACUUUUUUAAAAAACUUAAAAUGCGCAGAUGCGAAUAUGCAAGUCGUUGUACAAGUUCUGUUCUUGAGUAAUACAUUUCUGUUCUUCAUUGUUUUUAUCGUGAAAAGAUGCGGGACGUUGACUAGAGGGCGAAAACUUUGUCCUGGCCAGAGAAACUUCACCCUCCACACGUUUAAUGAAGUUUCUAGGACGCAAACAAAGUUUAUGGAGUUGUUGUAUGUUUUCCGGGCUGUAUGGCCAUGUUCUAGAAGCAUUCUCUCCUGACAUUUUGCUCACAUCUAUGGCAGUCAUCCUCAGAGGUUUUGAGGUAUGGAGAAACUCAGCAAGGAAGAUUUAUAUAUAUCUGUGGAAAGUCCAGGGUGAGGGAAGAACCUUUGUCAGUUGGAGGCCAGCAUGAAUGUUGCUGUUAAUCACCCUAAUUUGCAUUGAAUGGCUUCAUCUACUGGCUACUUUCUGCCUGGGGGCAUCCUUUGUUAGCUGCCCCUAGUUCCCAUGUCUCAGAGCAGGGGUCCCCAAACUUUUUAAACAGGGAGCCAGUUCACGAUCCUUCGGACCAUUGGAGGGCCGGACUAUAGUUGGCCACCGAGCAAUAACAAUAAUAAUAAUAAUAAUAAUAAUAAUAAUAAUAAUAAUAAUAAUAAAUAACAACAAUAAUAAUAAUAAAAAGAGGGUUGGAAGAAACCCUUUGGGCCAUUGAGUCCAAUCCCUUUCUUCCUUUGUGCACCGAAAGCACCCCUGACAGAUGUCCACUCAGCCUCAAUGUUAAUAAUAAUAAAAAAGAGGGUUGGAAAAGACCCCUUGGGCCAUUGAGUCCAAUCCCUUUCUGCCUUUGUGCACCGAAAGCACAAGCAAAGCACCCCUGACAGAUGUCCACCCAGCCUCAAUGUUAAUAAUAAUAUGUUCGACUUGUGAUUUUGUGAUAUGAAAUCCAGCAUAUCUAUCUUGUUUGCUGUGUCAUAAUAAAAUAAUAAUGAUGAUGGUUGUAAGAGAAGAAGAGACCCCUUGGGUCAUUUAGCCCAACCCCCUUCUGCCCUUUUGCCGUGGGGGCCGGAUAAAUGGCUUCGAUGGGCCGCAUUCGGCCCCCGGGCCUUAGUUUGGGGACCCCUGUCUCAGAGUGUUGCUUCUUAUUUACUGUUCUGAUUUUUGAGUUUUUUUUAAUACUGGUAGCCAGAUUUUGUUCAUUUUCAUGGUUUCCUCCUUUCUGUUGAAGUUGUCCACAUGCUUGUGAAUUUCAAUGGCUUCUCUGUGUAGUCUGACAUGAUAGUUUAUGGAAUAGGAUCAUGACUUUCCAAGUCAGGAGUACACAAUCAAACAGGAACACACACUUUCAAGCCAGGAAUAGGACUUUAUUAUCACUUUUUAGAGGCUGCAUGGCCAUCUGUGCAGACAGCUUUGGUUGUGUCCUUGUGCCUGGGAACUACAAGGGCAAUGUUCCUGGGUUAUGCAUGUGUGUUCCUCAUUGCUUUUAUCCUAAAGACACAGGGAAAGUGGAUUACAGGGCAAAAACUUUGUCCUGGCAAGAUAAACAUUGUCAUCCACCCAAAUGGGCAAUUUGGAAUUCCCUCAACAGACUGAGAAGCGGAGUGGGCAGAUCAAAAGACAACCUGGUAAGAUGGCACUACCUGGAGGAAUCUUCCACCUUGUGUGACUGUGGAGCUGAACAAACAACUCCUCAUAUGUGUGCUUGCCCACAAUGCCCUACCUCAUGCACGGAGGAGGAGUUGUUUAAAGCUACGGACAAUGCGAUUGCUGUUGUCCACUUUUGGUCCAAAACGACUUAGCUGUUUGUGAUUCCUUUAUUUUAUCACUUUUAAACUUAUUUAUUAUGCAAUGCUUUGGACACGAAAUAAAUAAAACGAAGUUUCUAGGACGCAAGCAAAAUUUAUGGAAUAGGAUCACGACUUUCCAAAUCAGGACUACACAAUCAAACAGGAAGACACACUUUCGUGCCAGGAACAGAACUUUAUUAUGACUUUUUAGAGGCUGCGUGGCCACCCGUGCAGACAGGUUUGGUAGUGGACUUGCGCCUGGGAACUACAGGGCGAUGUUCCUGGGUUAUGCAUGUCUGUUCCUGAUCGCCUUUAUCCUAAAGGCAUGGGGAAAGUGGAUUACAGGGCAAAAACUUUGUCCUGGCAAGAGAAACAUCGCCACCCACCCACUGUGGCACACAAAGUUUGGGUCUCAUGGCCCCUGAGUCCACCCUUCAGAGCAGAAGAGCAGAAAAGGAAGAUGCAUGGGGCCACUCUUCCUUGCUUCCAUCCUGCUGGGGGCCCCUCCCUUCCAGGAGCAUCUCCAGGCUGCGGGUUGUUUUCCUUUGAAAAGGUUCCGUUCUUGCCAUGGAGACCGAGGGUUCUGAGAAGCCUCAAGUCAGUUGGCGCUGGCAUUGCCUUCCUGAGCACCAAGAUGGGCAGAGAGCACUCCAGACAGCUCCCACUGAGGCCAGCCGGGAGCGAUGCCUCUGCGCCAGAAGUCCCUCCGCGUGCCCCCCGAUGGACGGCCCUGGACUCGUGGUUCAGGAAGGUCAGGACAAGGCGCUCGCUUCGCCGCGUGAGCCCCGAAAACGUAGCUGUUCCUGUGGAUCCUCCAAGUCCUCCGGAGACACAAGGAACGCGCGCGGAGGCGCCCUCUCCCCGGACGCUGAUAAUUGAAGUGAGGCCAGCGUCCAAGUUUCUGGGGAGAGAGAAGCUCCCCUGGGAGGCUAGCAGCCUUCAGGCGGAGCGUAAGAACCAGACCUCAGAGAGUGCAGAGAGCUUCCUCUCGGAGCAAAUCCUGACUUCACCAAAGGACAAACAACCCAUAGAGUUGGGUUCAAAGGAAGUUGGGAUCCCUUCGGAGGUCCUGGAGGAGGGGGCGGCCCGGGCCCUCGAUACAGAGAGUGUCCAUGAGCCCCCUCUGAAGACAUCGACGGACUCCGAAGCGGCAACGCUGGCUGACAUCCCCAGCCUGGAGGAUGAGGUGUGGGACCCUCUCCCCAGUACAAGCAGCUCCGUAGGACCCGGCGAAGAUGAAGAUCCUGCCCUGCACCCGAGGAGAUGGUCCUCCCUGGACCCAGAACAGGCAAAACAACACCUACACCAUCUUUGCCUGCUGGUCUGCAGUUCCUCCUCUGCAGAGGUCACGCAGGCAGUGGAUUACGUGGCCCGAAAACAUCUAAAGAUGGCCACGGACCACUUUCUGGAGUCCGGCGAGAGGGCAUGUGGUGAAUUAGUAAGCGCCGUACUCAAUUCACCAUAUUGUUGCCUGGAAGCGGCGCUGGACCUGUUCCUGGCCAAGGUAAAGGAGGGACCUUGGCUGGCCCAGGAGGGCGAGGAACAGGGCAGCCCUACUUUUGAUGCGGUCACGGCAAGAGCGACGCGGGCCAUCGGCGGGAUCGUCAGACACAUCAGGGACAGCACGCGCCUGGAGGGGUGGUUCCUGGAGCUUCUGCUCGCCUUGGUGACCAACUUCAUCGAGGUCACAAGGCCUGGGUUGGAGGCACCCAGCAGGAACCGGAGCAACAGCUACGUUCCUCCAGAAGAACUGGCGAAUAUCAUCAUCGUGCUAGUGAAGAGGGUGGCACCGAAGUCCUUCAACAGGACCUCCGAGUGGAUGCUAGAAGACGACCCAAGCAUCUGCCCUGAGGGGAUAGCCCUCCAGUUGCGGAGCCUCCUCAAGUCCUCCUCCUCCCUAGUCCAGCACCUGCAUUCCAUCUGGGAGAAAGAAGCGCCGCUGGAGCAUUCGGCCGGCAUGGUGGCCUUCUACGUCCAGCUGCUGAAGAUCGGCCAGCGCCCACACUCCUCGGAGAAGACCUGGGCACUGCUGACGGCCUGGCUUCAACAUCACAGCCUGGCCGUCCAACAUCAGAGCAGGCAGGGCCUUCUCCUGCUCUGCGAGACAUACUGGGAGACCAUGGGCCUUCAGGAACUCCUAGACGGCAUCAUCGGCGGAAUGCAAUCACCGCACACUAACAUCGCCAUGGAGUUCCUGAACCUGGCUGGCCAGCUGGAGCCCCUGCUGCAUAUUGAAGACCGGGCCCUUGCGAAGGUUCACCUAACUGCCACAUGCCGCCGCCUCUUCCACCAUGAGGCGGCCAACAUCCGAACGGCAGCCCUCGAAUGCUUCCGGCAUUUCAUCUGGCGCCCGGGACAUCCUCUUCAGGAGCGUCAAACCAUCAGUGACCUCCUGGUGGUGCUGAUGCAUGUGGAGGAUGAGGAUGAGGAGGUGGCCAAGACUGCGAGGGAGACCCUCAGGGAGGCGGCGGACGUCCUGAAUUGGCACCUGAAGGACAGCGUUCUGGCGGAGGACACCUUCAGCUUGCAGGAGCUGCUGCAUAAGAUCUCCAAGCGCCUGAUCCAUCAUUGCCGCCCCAGGAAAGAGUUGGAGGAACAGGUGUAUGGCUGCCUCCGUAUCUUUAAAAGCCAACGUCCAUCGGCUAGAAAGGUGGCAGCCAUGUUAGUCGGCCACAUUCUGCACAAGAACUACAAGAUGUGUGCCGACAGGAACCUCUACACCUACCAUGCCUGGCUGAUCAACCUCCUUGAAGACCGUGACCCUGAAGUCAGGCGAGUUGGCAGGGAGACUAAGACUAUCCUUGCCAGGGUCACUGCCCUACACCACCGACACGGGCUGCGGGCUGCUCUUCGGCGCUUGGCGGCUCCCUGCAGGCGGGAGAGGUACCCCCCAGAGUACGCCAAGAGGCCACCCGCCUGAUGGACUGGAACACCACGAUCCCACGAGCGCCCGCCCGGAACACCUCUGCUCCAGCUGUGCCGCAUCACCAAAGGGAAGUAGCGUUCAGGAGGUGGGAGUCUGCCCAGCCCUGGCCCAGGGAAGCCCUGCCCCCCCCCACACACACACACACAGAAGCCCCGCUCCCAUUCUGGGCCCCAUUGUCACCCUGGGGCCCUUGGGAGCAGAGCAGAGCAGAGCAGAGCAGAGCAGAGCAGAGCAGAGAAGGAAGACCACCUAGGCCCCUCUGCUGUGCUCUGUUCUGUUCUUUUCUGUGUGGGAUUUGGGGGCCUGGAGGGGAGGGGCCACCACCUGCACCCUGGGCCUUCCUCUUCCACCUGGGCUGGGCCCCUGCCUCCUUUGACCUACGCCCCCUCCCUGACCCCUCCCUCUCGGCCUGGGAUGCCACCACCGCCCCCUCCCUCCCUCCCUUCUCCAAGGUGGCAUCCCACCAAGGGCGCUUCUCCCUCCCUCUUGCCCACCCAGAUGUGCCGCCCCUCCUCCCCUCCCUCCUCCUUCCCCCCCAAACAACCCCAUUGCCCCCUCCUCUGUCCCCACCCCAUCCAAAGGGUCAAGGGGAGGGGCAGGGGGUCUCAGCCCCUCCAUCUGUCCAGGCAUCUCGGGAGGCUCAGCUCCAUUUGGGGAAAGGUGGCCAUUUCUCCAUCCAUGGUGCUGUGUCUCCCGAUGGGCUGAGAUCCCCCUUGGGUUCCCCUUGCCCCCCCCCCCCGCCUCUCUGCUCACCUGGAUUCACCCGGAAGGAGGCCUGGCUGCUGGGAGCCAAUAAGGAGGAGGAGGAGGGGUGGCGGACUCUAUUGACACCACUCUGCGCUUCUUGCAGGGCCACUCCAGAUGGAUGAAGAAAGGGACAGUGACCUUCGUGGGAACACCGAGGGACACACCAUCAAAGGACCCUGGUCAUCGAGGGACAUGCCAUCAAGGGACCCGGGCCCUGACCUUCGAGGGACCAUGACCACCGAGGGACAGUUGACAUCAAAGGACCCUGGUCAUCGAGGGACGUAACAACAAGGGUGCCGGGCCCUGACCUUCGAGGGACCGUGACCAUCAAGGGACACGUAACAUCCAUGGACCCUGACUGGCGCCUGCAGGAAGAAGACAGAAGACAGGACUUCUUUAUUUGUUUUAUUGUUAAAUUUUAAAAUGUGUAUGUACUUUUUUAAAAAUGUGUAUGUGCUGUUUUUAAAAUGUGUAUGUUUUUAAUAUAUUUAUUAUUGUCUUGUGUGGGAGAGGAUUCCACUCCCCUGCGAAAGCGCCGCUCUUCCCCUUUGGCUUCUAGGGCUGCCUCCUGUGAAUCCAGGGCUGGCCGUGGAGGGAGGGAGGCCCAGGCCUCUCUUGCAGCGGAGGGUUCCCAAGGCCCUCCUCCCUCCUCUGCAAACCCCAGGACUCACAGCCCAGCGCCGGAGGGGAAGAGCCGCCCUUGAGCAGCUCAGUGAAAGAAACCCCCCACUCUCGGUUUAUUGUAAUUUAAAAUUAUAUCAUUAUAUUAUUUAAUGUAGAAUUAGAAUAAAUGUAAUACUUUAUUUUUAAUUUAGCAUUUUCCAUAUUAUUUAAUGUGUAAUUAGAAUAAAUAUAGCCUUUUCCUUUUAAUUUAGCAUUUUCCAUAUUAUUUAAUGUGUUAUUAGAAUAAAUAUAACCUUUUCCUUUUAAUUUAGCAUUUUCCAUGAAUUCCUUUGGGGAGGGAGACCCAAACUCAGGCCCCAUCAACACUGACCCUUUCAUGCAGGUUGAACUGCAUAUGAGGCUGGGUUUAUACUGCCUUCUAUCCCAGGACCUGAUCCCAGAUUGUCUGCUUAUUAUGAGUCUGGGAAAAACAGAUAGUCUGGGAUCAGAUCCUUGGAUAUAUAGGGCAGUAUAGAUCCAACCUGAAUAUAUUAUACAGUUCAAACUGCAUGAAAUGACAGUGUAGAUAAGGCUGUCGGCCCCAUCUAAACUGCCAUAUAAUCCUGCUUCAGAAUGCAUAUUAACUGUAUUUCAAAAUGGAUUAUAUGGCAGUUUAGACAAGGCCUAAGAAGAAGAAGGUAGAGAAGAUGAUAGUACUAAAGUGUAGGGGAGAUCGACACUGUCCUAUUUCACAGGAUCUGAUCCCAGAUUAUCUGCUUUAAACUGGAUAAUUUGAGUCUACACUGCCAAAUAAUCUGGGAUCAGAUCCUGGGGUAAGGGGCAGUGUGGAAGGGAAUGUAGUUGGUGCAAAUAUAGUCCUGGGCUUACAGUGGGGGAAGGCCCAGGCUUCUCUGGCGGAGGGUUCCCAAGGCCCUCCUCCCUCCACUGCAAAUCCUAGGACUUUCAGCUCAGCGUUGGAGAAGAACUGCCCUUGAACCGAACGAUGAGAGUAUCCCUUAUGCUCUGUUUUUUGUAGUUUACCUUCUAUGAUUGUAUCGUAUAAUGUUGUAGUAUUUAAUAGAAUAAAUGUACUGCUUUAUUUUUAA